UAGAUGCAUAGUGAGAGUGCAGAGCAAAACUCUGCAAGUAGCACACUUACAAACAAAAAUCAUAAGUUGUGGCUGAAAGAGAUCCAAGCUAGUUUCUUCUUCCAAACACUCCCUUGCCGCUUCCUAAAAAGGCAACAUUACCAUUUUCAAAGUCCAUUAAGGAGAGCAAAAGUUCCAUCUCUUUCACAAGAAAACUAAACCUUAAUUGAGUGCAAAAACAUUCCUACCCUAGCUACUAGCUAGCAUUGUGUGGAAAUUAAUCAAGAAACUAGCCAAAUAGGAUUAUCAUGCUAGCAGUGGCACCAUUGAGUAGCAUAAGAGAUGAAAGCCAAAGAGAAAUGGAGGAGAAUUUAUCAAUUGAGACAUGUGACUUUGCUGAUCUUUCCGAAGGGAACUUAUUGGAAAGCAUCAAUUUCGAAUUCGAUGAUGAUUUCUUCGUAUGCUUCAACGACGGAGAUGUGUUACCGGAUCUUGAGAUGGACCCGGAAAUGCUUGCUGAAUUCUCCCUCAGCAGCAGCGGUGAGGAAUCGGAUAUAAAUUCGUCGGGUGCAAAUAGCAAAUCUUGUAAUGAUGGGAAUAUGGUUAGUAUUGAGAGAAAAUUACAAGAUGAAGAGAAAGUAGUUUAUUCUUCAGAUUCAAGUUCGAGUCGUGUGGAAGAGAUAAUUAGCAAAAGAGAUGAAUCCGUUGUGCCGAAUCCAUUGCCUAAGGAAGGUGAGAAAGGAAGAAAAUCAUCAUCUCAAUCAAAGAAUAAUCCUCAUGGGAAGAGAAAAGUGAAGGUGGAUUGGACUCCAGAAUUGCACAGAAGAUUCGUACAAGCAGUAGAGCAGCUAGGUGUGGAUAAAGCUGUACCUUCAAGAAUUUUGGAAAUUAUGGGAAUUGACUGCCUCACCCGCCAUAACAUCGCCAGCCACCUUCAAAAAUAUAGAUCGCAUAGGAAACAUUUGUUAGCACGAGAAGCUGAAGCAGCAAGCUGGAGUCAAAGGAGGCAAUUGUUUGGAACAAAUAGAGGAGUUGGAGGAAAAAGAGAUAUUGUGAAUCAUUGGGUUGCACCAACCAUGGGUUUCCCUCCCAUGCCACCAGUACACCAUUUUAGACCUUUACAUGUAUGGGGGCACCAUCCUGUGGAUCAGUCCUUUAUGCACAUGUGGCCUAAAUAUUCGCCGCACCAGCCACCGGCUAAUUGGCCACCUGCGCGGCCGGCUCCACCUCCUAACGCUUCGUAUUGGCACCAACGGGCUCCAAAUGCACCAACUGCAGGAACACCAUGCUUUCCACAACCUCUGACAACAACGAGAUUUGGCUCUCCAACUGUUCCAGGCAUUCCACCACCCCAUGCCAUGUACCAAGUAGACCCCGGUGUUGUUGUCCCCGCCGGUCAGCCAUCUCCUCAGCCUCUUUUAGACUUCCAUCCGUCAAAGGAGAGCAUCGACGCAGCUAUUAGUGAUGUAUUAUCAAAACCCUAUUUACCGUUGCCUCUUGGCCUUAAAGCUCCAGCACUUGAAGGUGUGAUGGGUGAAUUACAGAAACAAGGAGUUCCAAAUAUUCCACCAUCUUGUGCUUGAAUAGGAGAGGAUGUUUUUGGUUCUUUGCACAAGGUCACGAAACCCUAAUUCGACGAAUUUUCAUAUUCUCACUUCUUUUUGUUUGUUUGAGCAAAAAGAUGGACAAUAUAAUAUUGAAGAACUUUCUUUGUUCAUAUGCCAUACUGUCUAGUAGACCAACAUAAAAAGUUUAACUCGAGCUUUUGCUAUAUAUUAUUAUUAACAUAAUGCGAAAUAUGUGGGAAUAUAAGGCUGUGAUUUUUGUAUUGGCCGAGGAAGAUGAUAUUAAUGAGACUAAUAAUCAGUAAAGUACUUUUAGUGAAAUGUUUUUAAUUAUUUCAGUGAUA